UUAAAUAUCUUGUGUAUUUAAAGAAUUAGAACCAUUAUCAUGCAAUACGAACGCAUUCGUGAUUGAUUGUUUCACAAAGAAGUUAUACCGUGUAUUAACAAUUAUAUAUCGCUUAUGAUGUCAUGAAUGUUAAUACCCUUCCGCCAGAAGUGUUGACGAAUAUAUUUUCAUGCUUAACCAAACUUGAUUUAUUAAGAAAUACAAGUCAAGUUUGUAGCUAUUGGAAUGGAGUUGCGUUGUGUAGUGAUCUGUGGAUAAUUCUUAAUUUAAUUACAUUCAGUGAUGAGGAUUUUGAUCUAUGCUUUCAAUAUUUUCCUCGCAUCGGACAAUUUGUUCAAAACCUGUUGAUUAAAAGUGACCAUCUUAUGAAAUUGUUCAGCCACGGUAUUAGUUGCGAUCUUCCAAAUCUUGCAAAUUUGCAAAUUGUCAAUUAUCUUUCUGGCAAUGAGAGAGAAGUCUGUCAAAAUAUAGUCAAUUCAUUUCCAAAAUUAACAUCAAUCAGACUGCGAAUAUUUCGUUCCGCAGACUUCGUCGGGUGCUUAACAGUAUUCAACAAGAUUCAGUUCAGAGACUUUGACAUAUCUAUAUCCAAAGGGGCAAACGAAGCAAUAUUAAAUCAGUGCUUAGAUCAGUUUAUUUCAAAGCAGAAAGAUUUAAGAAGUUUAUCUAUACAGUCAUCAGAUCUACAAAGCCAGACGAUACGCAAGACAUUACGACAUGCAACACAGCUCCAGGAUUUAGUUUUAAGUAAUUGCUCAGGCAUUGACAGUCAGUCUUUUGAUGGUUUAAUAAAUCCCUGUGAUUUGUCAUCAAUUGACCUUACAAGUACAAAUGUCGACGACAAUGGAAUUAAAAAUAUUGCUUCAAAAGCAAAAAAUCUUAAAACAUUACAUAUUUUGUUUUGUCCCAAACUUUCCGACGUUGGAGUUAAAUAUAUCGCGGAACACUGUACAAGACUAGAAAAUUUACAAAUUUAUAAUAUUCCAGCAAUUGGUAGUGGUAUUCAGUUGUAUCCUGAAACCCUCAAAAUACUCGGGUCAGGGUGUAGUCAAUUAAAACAUUUAAGUAUGGUCAACUGUCCAAAAUUGGAUGAUACUGGUAUAAGAAAUCUAGUUGAAAACUGUUCUGAUUUGAAGUUUCUUGAAGUACAAAGCGAAUGUAUUUCCAACAAUGGGCUAAUGGCUGUAUCAGAAUAUUGUAAAUGUCUGUUUCAUAUCGAUAUACAUGGACUAAACUUUGACGUUACCACCAUUGAACAUUUGCUACUAAAUCAUCGACAUUUACAUUUUUUGUCCGUCAACAGAUGUGAAAAUCUUGAAACGCUGAACUUUAUCAAAAAUCAACAAUCAUUAAGUUUCGUAGAAAAACGCCGUUCUCUCAUUGAAAAACAUAGUCAUGUGAAAAAAAUAGAAUUUCUAAAUUCGGACAUUAAUGAAUCAAGUCUAGAGCAACUUGUUGUGUUUUGUCCUGAUUUGAGGAGCAUCAGUUGUUCAGGGAAUCAAAUGUUGGAUCAAAAGGAGAAAAUAGAAAACAUAUUCAUUAAAAGUCGUUUCUUAAAGAAAUUGAAUCUAGGUGGACAUGUGUUUCAACGCAAAGAUUUUAUAUAUAAACGAAAGUAAAGUAAAAAUGCGAUGUAAAGGUACGAAUUGGAUCUUUGCCUCAUAAUUUUCACUACUCUUUAUCAUUAUACCGUAAUACGAUACAUUCAAUGCAAUUGUUCCUUGGAUACAAUUUGAGAAACCUGUUCAUCGUAUUACAACAUUUGCUGGGACGAAUAUACAUAUGAAUGUUUUGGUUUAAAUAUUCUUAUCUUUUUAAAUAUAAAUGUUUAUCUACAAAAAUGCAGCUCGUCCAGUUUUGAAGAUUGAAAAAGUAAAUCAGGUGGGAGGACAAAAAGAAAAAAAACAACAACAUUUUCUUGUUUCGAGCAAUCUAUAAAAAGGUUUUCCAUGAGGAUAUGGCGACUUCAUAAUAUGUGCAGAUGGCUCUGAACGGCUUCUUUUGUCCUGUCGUAGAUUGUCAACAUCGAGUCUAAGGGUCAUAAUGGGCCACGCCAAAGAUGUAAAAUUAAUAGAAGUAGCAUUUGUACUAUAUGCUUUGUUUUGUAGAUGCGGUGUAUAGUUAAAAAAUAUUUAUUACUCUAAUUUUUCGGAUGUUCACCAUACUUAAAAAAUCCACCUCUGCCAAUUCUGAAACAUCAGGUGAAACCGUAUGAUUUUAAUGUUAAAUAAGGGGCAAGGCGGAAGAAGCGAUUUGUCUCAAAUUUGGUAGAUAUAGACGGAUAAAUCUGUGAAUUUGAUCGAAGCCUGGAUGGCAGCACUCGUCAGUUUAUAAAAUACUGUACACGGCUUACACUGUCUCCCGAGAAUGUAGGACAGAAAGUCACAGGACAAAAAGUCACAGACAAAAAGUCACGGACAAAAACCCAAAGUCACAAUUCAGUUUUUGAGAUUAUUUUUUUUGAAUAAGAAAACACUUAUUUAAAACAAGAAUGUGUCCAUAGUACACGGAUGCCCCACUCGCACUAUCAUUUUCUAUGUUCAGUGGACCUUGAAUUUGGGGUCAAAACUCUAAUUUGGCAUUAAAAUUAGAAAGAUCAUAUCAUAGGGAACAUGUGUACUAAGUUUCAAGUUGAUUGGACUUCAACUUCAGCAAAAAGUACCUUGACCAAAAACUUUAACCUGAAGCGGGACAGACGGACGGAAGAACGGACGCACAGACCAGCAAACAUAAUCAUGCCCCUACUACUAUCGUAGGUAGGGCAUAAAAAACAUUUUUUGUAUUUUUCUUGAACUAUUGUAUAUAUGAACCAACCUUGUAAACAAAAUUUA